AUGGAAGCGGCACGGAAGCGGCACGGAAGCGGCACGGAAGCGGCACGGAAGCGCACGGAAGCGCACGGAAGCGGCACGGAAGCGGCACGGAAGCGGCACGGAAGCGGCACGGAAGCGGCACGGAAGCGCACGGAAGCGGCACGGAAGCGGCACGGAAGCGGCACGGAAGCGGCACGGAAGCGGCACGGAAGCGGCACGGAAGCGGCACGGAAGCGGCACGUGAGCGGCACGGAAGCGGCACGGAAGCGGCACGUGAGCGGCACGGAAGCGGCACGGAAGCGGCACGGAAGCGGCACGGAAGCGGCACGGAAGCGGCACGGAAGCGGCACGGAAGCGGCACGGAAGCGGCACGGAAGCGGCACGGAAGCGGCACGGAAGCGGCACGGAUGA